CGCGCAGGUUCGCAGCCAGUGUCAGCAGGCAGCAGCUGCAGGCAACAGCGAGAGGAGACUCGAUGGGUUUCUGCUCUGUGUAACAGCCGAGGCUCUGUAGCUUUAUAAGAGACCAUUGUGGGGGUGAGAAGCUUCAGAAUCCCUCCAAAUAUUUUGAAGUAGAGAAGAAGAAAUGAAUCUUGCAAAUCAUGGCGCAACAUCCGGAGACAUAUUUGACUGGGACUAUGUUCUGUGGGAAGUUCGUUUGAAGCUACUAGCAGCUGGUUUUUUUAUCUACGUGGGAGUAUUUCUUCUAGCUCACUGGCUGUCCUCAUGCAUCAGUGCGAGUUAUCGCACCUUGUCAGGAAAACAGAAGGUCUCAUGGAACACGUCUAUCACAUCUGGCCUGUUUGGAAUUCAGAGUUGUAUAGCUGGGUUGUGGGCCUUGCUCAUUGAUCCAGUUUUUCAAGCUGACAAAGUAUAUUCACAGCAAAAGUGGAGCUGGUUUCACUGCUUAUUAGCCUCUGGCUUCUUCUUGUAUGACAGUGUAGUUAUUCAUGUGUCUAAUAUUGUUUUCAGAACAUUUGAUGUGCUCGUGGUAGUUCAUCAUUUAUUUGCCUUUGUUGGGCUUCUUGGUAUGAUAAUUAACAUAAAAUCUGGGCACUAUCUCCCCCUGAUGGGACUGCUACUUGAGAUGUGCACUCCUUUUGGCUGCCUCUCCUAUGUGCUUUCAAAGAUUGGCUAUGGUAAUACCCUUUUUUGGAAGGCAAGCCAAUGGGUAAAUAUUCAUAUGCUUCACUGCCGCAUGGUCUUUCUUUAUCACAUGUGGUGGGUGUGUAUUUCCCAUUGGAAUGACGUGGUGGAAAAUCUGGGACUUCCAUAUUUUAUUGUUUUUUUCAUGGGGUUAAGUACACUUACAUUAAUACUUAAUCCAUACUGGUUAUUCAGAACGACUCAGCAUCUCUUUGGUCCAGUUGACAGGAAAUUUCCAAAUACAGCAGUGAAAAAUGGAUCCUCUGAAAAAUUAAAUUGUGAAACAUUCCAAAAGAAGAAGAUAUAA